CACCGCGUGUGUGUUUUAAAGUGGACAAAGUGCACAUGUGCCCAUUGGGACGUUUUCCUUGGUGGGAGAUCCCGUUGCUUGUGUGGAUGCCGUGUUCGUCUUCUCGGAUGCCUUUGUACUAAGUGUGGAAUAUGGCAACGCUGCAGUUGUACACCAAGGGGGCCAGCGUGUGGACUCCUGACCCGGAUGCAGUGUGGGUGUCGGCCCAGCUCCUCCAGGACUACACACCGGGUGACAAGCAUGUGUUGCUGCAGCUAUCUGGAGGGAAGGAGACACUUUAUACGGUGGAGUUCCCGUCUGACCUUCCUCCACUGGCUAACCCCGACAUCUCAGAGGGCGAGAAUGACCUGUCGGCGCUCAGCUUCCUCCAUGAGCCUGCCAUCCUGCACAACCUCCGUGUUCGAUUCCUGGACUACAACAGCAUUUACACUCACUGUGGUAUUGUGCUGGUGGCUAUUAAUCCCUACGAUGAGCUCCCCAUCUACGGCGAGGAGGUGAUCGAUGCCUAUAGCGGUCAGGACAUGGCCGACCUGGAACCGCACAUCUUCUCUGUGGCCGGGAACGCUUAUCGCACCAUGAUCAGAGAGGAGAACAAUCAGUCGAUCAUCAUCAGUGGCGAGUCUGGUUCGGGCAAGACAGUCUCGGCCAAAUUCACCAUGAGGUACUUUGCGGUGGUGGGAGGAGCCACUCAGCAGACUAAGGUGGAGGACAAGGUGCUGGCCUCCAACCCUAUCAUGGAGGCCAUCGGAAAUGCCAAAACCACAAGGAACGACAACAGCAGUCGGUUUGGGAAGUACAUCCAGAUUGGCUUUGGCAGGAGAGGAGACAUCAUUGGGGCCAAUAUGAACACCUACCUUCUGGAGAAGUCCAGGGUGGUCUUCCAGGCAACAGCAGAGAGGAACUACCAUAUCUUCUACCAGCUGUGUGCCUCCAGACAGUUGCCUGAAAUGAGAGCACUCAAACUGGCUGCUCCUGAACAUUUCCGCUACACAAACCAGGGAGGAGAUGCAAAUAUUGCUGGGACUGAUGAUGUAAUGGAAAUGGAGCGCACCCGCAAUGCUUUCACCAUCCUGGGCGUGCUUCCCGACCAGCAAAUGGAACUCUUCAGAAUCCUGGCAGCAGUUCUCCAUUUAGGAAAUGUGAAGAUUUCAGGCAGCGGCCGAACUUCUGACCGUUCUUACAUCGACGCAGAUGACAUUUCGAUGGCUAUCUUCUCCAAGCUUUUGGGGGUCGAGUCUGCCCACAUGGCCCAUUGGCUGUGCCAUCGCAGGUUGGUGCUAGCAGGUGAGAAGCUGGUCAAGCCCAUGACUGGUCAGCAGGCCAUCGAAGGUCGAGAUGCUCUGGCCAAGCAUAUCUACGAGCAGAUGUUCAAGUGGACCGUGCACAGACUCAACUCUGCCCUGCGCAGCCAGACCGGCCGUGCCAAAACCUUCAUAGGGGUGCUGGACAUCUAUGGCUUUGAGACCUUUGAGCGGAACAGCUUUGAGCAGUUCUGUAUCAACUACGCCAAUGAAAAACUGCAACAGCAGUUCAACAGGCACGUGUUCCACUUGGAGCAGGAGGAGUACGUACGCGAGGAGCUGACAUGGAGCAGGGUUGAGUUCAGUGACAAUCAGCAGUGUAUCCAUCUCAUUGAGGGACCGCUUGGUCUCUUGGACCUGUUGGACGAGGAGUGCAGGAUGCCCAAAGGUUCAGAUGACAGUUGGGUCCAAAAGCUGUACGACCAGCACCUGACCGGCCGAUGCCACCCCCACUUCCGCAAACCUCGCAUGUCCAACAGGGCCUUCGUCAUCCUGCACUUUGCCGACACGGUGCAGUACGAAUGCGGUGGCUUCCUUGACAAGAAUCGAGACACUGUCUUCGAGGAGCUGGUCAAUGUUUUGAAAGCGAGUCAGUCGGAGCUGGUAGCCGAGUUGUUCCAACAACAAGGAACAGGACCGAGUGUGGCCAAUGGAAGCGUCCACACAGGAAGAAGAGCCCACAGAGAACACAAGUUGACCGUGGGCUUUCAGUUCCGUCAGUCCUUGCAGAUGCUAAUGGACACUCUGAACAGCACAACACCUCACUACGUGCGCUGUAUCAAACCCAAUGACCUGAAGGAGCCCUUUGUGUUUGACCCAAAGAGGACGGUGCAGCAGUUGAGAGCGUGUGGAGUGCUGGAGACCAUUCGAAUCAGUGCUGCCGGUUUUCCAUCCAGAUGGACGUACGAGGAGUUCUUUUUCAGAUAUCGCGUUCUGUUGCGAGGGUCCCAGCGCUGGGAGGAAAUCCGGCUGACGUGCCAGCAGGCUUUGCCUCGGCUCAUCACUCAGCCGGACCAGUACGUCUUCGGAAAGACCAAAGUCUUUUUCCGGGCUGGGCAGGUGGCUGUUCUGGAGAGAUUGCGAGCGGAGAGGCUCAGAGCGUCCGCCGUGAUCCUUCAGAGUUCUGUCAGAGGAUGGCUGGCCCGGAUUCACUACAGCAGAACCUUGGAGGCCACCUUCACCGUACAAAGAUACUGGAGAGGAGCACUCGCUCGGCGGUUGGCGCAGACUCUGCGGUACACCAAGGCUGCUUUGGUAAUCCAGAAGACUUACCGCAUGCUGGUGGACAGACACGUGUUCCUCCUGGUCCGUCAAGCCACCAUCACCAUCCAGGCUUUUGUCAGAGGCACGCUGACCCGUCGUCACUACCGGCGGCUCGUGGCCGAGCGAGCCGCCACGCAGCUCCAGGCCAGAGUGCGAGGUUGGUUGGCGAGAAAGAUCUACACGAGGUUGCGGGCGGCCGUCGUGUUUGCGCAGUGUUGCGUACGUCGCAAGGCAGCCAGAAAGGAACUGCUGAAACUCAAGACUGAAGCCCGCUCGGUGGAGAGGUACCGAGAACUCAACAAAGGCAUGGAGGUCAAACUGAUCCAGCUGCAGAUGCGAGCAGACCAGGAGGCCAGACAGAGCGCUGCCCUUCGAGAGAGCCUGCGUGCUGAGAAAGAGGUCGCUGCCGCCGAACUGGCUGCUCUGAGGGCAAAAAUGGAGAAACUAGAAGCACAACAGAAGCAUGCCGCGCCUUCUCCUGCUCCUUGUUCCGUCGUGAGCCAGGAGACGGAGCAGGAAAGGAGGCGAGCGGAGGAGAAGGCCGCCCAGGAGCUACUUCAGCUUUCACAAGAAGUGGAGACGCUGCAGCGGGAAAAAGCGUCACUGCGCGCAGAGACGGAGCGUAUCUCUGCACGCCUGCUUCAGCAGAAACAAGCACAAGAAGCUCUCGUGCAACAAGCCACGUCUGAGGCCACGGCGGCUUUGAGGGCGGAGCUUGACGAGGAGAGGAGGAAGCACCAGGGCCUCCUGCGGGAGUUCACGAGGCUGGAGCAGCGAUACGAUAACCUGAGGGAGAUGAGUCAGUUUACUCAGAGCACCAGGGGCCUCAGGAGAUCCGACUCGGCGCUCAGCUCCGAGCCUCCGUCGCCUUCACCUCAAUCCCUCACCCCGCUCUCCCUCUCCCCCUUCCCGUCUGCCUUCCCGUCUCCGGAGGAGGUGCGCCGGGUCAGUGUGACGUCUCCCACCGCGGAGGGAAACUUCGCAGAGUGGAGUUUGGAAACGCCAAUGGAGCAGCUGAUGGACAAGUUGGGCUUGAGCAAAGAGUCCGCAGCUGAGCUGAAGGGAGAAGACCUGGCCCACGCCUACGACGCAGUACGAGUGGCCAACAAGUUUUUGGAGAGCCAGUUGCUCAGUCAACGCAGUCAGUGGGAGGAGGAAGUGGACAGGCUAAGGUGUCAGCUGCUUCGAGUCAGCUCGGGUUCAUCUUCUCAUCAACAGGAGCUUCUGGAUGCCUGCGAGCAAGAGUGUGUAAGGCUGAGGAGCGAACUGAAGGAAUUUCGCAACACCGUCACAUUCCGGCGAAUCCUCACUCAAGUUUUACCAUCAGUUUUUCCCAGCGAAAGCCCUUCUUCAGCCCAGCAGAAAGCGCCCACAACAGCUGGCCUGCUGGAAUGCAGAAGACGAGAUGAAAGCAAGCUCCUCAAGAAUCUCAUCACCGACGUGCGGGCGGACGUGGGCGUGGCGCUCUCUCCCGGGCUGGCGGCCAGCGUGCUCUUCCUGUGCGUUCGGCAGGCGGACAGCAGGGGCGAUCAAAGUGUCGCGGCGUCGCUGUGCCGCGCCACCGUCGCUGCCAUGAAGACGGCUCUGAAGAAAAACAACAAUGAUUUGGAUAUGACUGCUUUGUGGCUGAAAAACAUCAGUCUCUUGCACGACCUGCUGACUCAUCAUGCCCCCAAACAGUCGUGUGUGAAUGAAGGCAUUCCGCUGCUGACCUUUGAUGUCAGCAGUCUGACCCACGCGUUGAGCGAGCUCCGCAUCCAAGCCUACCAGCAACUCGUCUCCAUCACUGAGAAACGCCUGCACAACUUCAUAGUCGCUGCCCUGUUGGAGGGCGAAGACAUCCCGGCGGGCUCCAGAAGACGAGCGGGCUCCAGAAGACAAGCGGUCCCCGAGGCCGGGGCGACGAGGGCCGGGGAUGUGGACGCUCCCUCCGUGGCUCGGGUGCUGAGGGAGCUGGGUUCCCUUUACGCCGCCAUGUCCCAUCAGGCUUUGCACGCGGCACUGAUUGAGUGCGCCUUCCACCAGCUGGUCUAUUUCAUGUCCACCUUGGCGCUCAACAGCCUUCUGCUCAGGAAGGACGUGUGCUGCUGCAGCCGUGGAAUACACAUACGGCUGAACGUGACUCAGCUUGAGGAGUGGCUGCGCUGCCGUUGUCUGUUGACAGAGGGCGCCGCUUCCUCCCUGGCACCCCUCAUUCAAGCCACCCAGGUGCUGCAGGUCAGCAAGAACACGGAUGCCGACGCGCAUGCCCUAGUGCGUGCGUGCACCAACCUCAGCGGACAGCAGAUUGUGAAGAUUCUCAGCAACUACACGCCUCACGGUGACGUUGAGGAAAGAGUCUGUAUCGAUUUCAUCCACCUGGUUCAGGAUCUCCUCAAAGAUCGCGUGGACACUCAACCUCACAAGUUGUUCCUGGAAGCGAAGCGCGUGUUUCCCGUCACGUUUCCCAUCGAGGCGCCGCCCACCAUCAGUGCCGACAAUUUGGCCAUCCCAGACUCCCUCAAGAUAAAUUUUCUACGCAGAGUGUGAACUUUUUCAGUCGAAUGAAACGCAAUUCAAAUUUACCAUCUUUUAUUGGAAGCGGACCGUUAACAACACUGCCGUCCCAGUAAUCCAUAAAUCUUAAAAAAAGGAAAAAAAUUAUAAACAUCUUUUGUAUAUAUAUUAAAAAAAACAUCCCAUGCGAUUACUUUGCACCA